AUGCUGCCCAGCGCCCUGUACUGGGACCUGGUGGGCUCCUCGGCUCUCCUCAACCUGCCGGCGGCGCCGGGCUUCGGCAACCUGGGCAAAAGUUUCCUCAUCGAGAACUUGCUGCGGGCCGGGGCGCCGCCGAGCCCUGCCCAGCUCCGUCCCCUCCCCGCCAGCCCCGUCCCCCUCAAGCUGUGCCCCGCGGCGGAACAAAUCAGCCCCUCAGGGGGUCCCUACCCGACAAGAUGGGCUUUUCAAGUGCUUAACCCCUCCGCGGCGGACAGCGGCCGCCUGCCAGCGCGGGCUCCGGCGGCGGAGAGAGGCGGCGUCUUCCCGCCCGCAGCCACAGCUCUUUCCAAACACUUUUUUCUCCGAGCCCCACCAUUCUACUCAGCAUGCUGCGGUGGGUCCUGUCAGCACCCUGCAUCCCCCACUGCUUUUCCAAGAGAGGAAAGUGUCCUGCCUCUUCUGACCCAGGAGUCUAACUCCAAAGCCCGGAGAGGUAUAUUAAGAAGAGCUGUCUUUUCUGAAGACCAGAGGAAAGCUUUGGAGAAAAUGUUUCAGAAGCAGAAGUAUAUCAGUAAAACAGACAGGAAGAAACUGGCCAUUAACCUGGGUCUAAAGGAGUCUCAGGUGAAAAUUUGGUUUCAGAAUCGAAGGAUGAAAUGGCGAAACUCCAAAGAAAAAGAAGUGCUUUCGAACAGGUGCCUCCAAGAAGAAGGUCUUCAGGAGAACUACCUCUCACGAUCCACCAUGAAUUUUACCUCCCCGUGCCCAUCUGUGUGGGAAGUGUCUCAGGAGCAGGCAAGUCCAAGGUGGAGGGAGAAUUCUCCAGGAAAUUCUGAAAGACUGACUAGUACACAGCCACCUCCAAGAGCAAAUUCAUCACAGAGCCCCCUGUAUUUGUAUCCUGACCAAGACACUGCAAAUAAGGCAGUUACAUCAUCAGCCUAA